CCGCCUACUUCUUUUUUCGCGCAGCCUCAGUGAGUCUCCUGAGCGAACAUUUCACAAAUUCACACCGCGGUGCAGCUUUGCGUCCUUCUGUCAACUUCUAUCCGGUUUUACAGACAGUCAUCUACCACCACCAUAAUGUCAGCUGGAAAUGCUCAGAUCGGCAAGCCUGCCCCAGGUUUUAAAGCAACAGCUGUAGUGAACGGACAGUUUAAGGACAUCCAGCUGUCUGACUACAAAGGGAAGUAUGUGAUCUUCUUUUUCUACCCUCUGGACUUCACAUUUGUCUGCCCCACUGAGAUCGUGGCAUUUAGCGACAGAGCUGAGGAGUUCAGAAUAAUCGACUGCGAGGUGAUCGGCUGCUCUGUCGACUCUCACUUCAGUCACUUGGCCUGGAUCAAUACGCCUCGGAAACAGGGAGGUCUGGGUAAGAUGAAAAUCCCUCUGGUGGCAGACCUGACAAAGAGCAUCUCCAGAGACUACGGCGUGCUGAAGGAGGAUGACGGCGUCUCAUACAGGGGUCUGUUCGUGAUUGACGGCAAAGGCAUUCUAAGGCAGAUCACCAUCAAUGACUUGCCUGUGGGUCGCUCCGUGGAUGAAACCCUGCGUCUGGUCCAGGCCUUCCAGCACACUGACAAACAUGGCGAAGUGUGCCCUGCAGGCUGGAAACCAGGCAGCGACACCAUCAUUCCUGACGUUGAAAAGAGUAAAAAUUUCUUCUCCAAGCAGUAAAAAUGUGCACUUGCCCUCACACGGAAGGCGCUUCUGUGGAGUAGUUGUACACCGCUUUCCAUAUUGUCUGUUGUCCAUUCCCAGUUAAAUACUUUUUGUUGUAUUUGUGCAUCCAGUACACAACUGAGGGGGACAAGUCUCAAGCACUGAAACAUACAUUUAUUCAUUUUCCAGAAAAGUAUUAAUAUUCCUGGCUGCUUCUAAUAUCAUUUAUUAAAGCAGUAAGGAAGGUGAA